AUAUACAAUGCGUUCAGUACGACAAUCUGGUAACAUUACUUGACUCUGUACCGUUUUCCUUCAGCCUCAACGUCAAUGAUCAUAAUUUGACAAUUGUGAUUUAGCAGGGCCGUACUCAGAGUAGGGGGGGCGCCCCCAUCUGCUAAAAGGUCCACUUUCUCAGAGAGUCAAAUGGAAAAACUACUAGGACUCUUUGAUCCAGUCUUUCAUUUUGACAGCAGGAAAAUGAACCCAGAAAAGUAAAUUUUUCAAAACCUGGAACACCCCGGCAGAUCUGGGCUAGCUUCGCUCGCCACUCGCCCUGCAUGUCCACGGCUACUUGGUGGCUACAAUGGCACACAUUUAGUGGAAGAAUCCCCCCCUCCCCUUUCUACAGCUGUUUUUUCUAUCAAUUUACCGAAACACUACAAUGAAGCCACCUACGUAACAGUGCCCGGUAAAGGGUUAAGGUUUGUGUAGUUGAGGCACUUCUAUAGGUAUAAUUUGUUUUUUCAUGACCCCGGUGGAAGCUUGACAAAACCGUUGUGCCAUGAACGUGAAGAAACACUCAAAACUCUCAUGUGAACGCGUUCAACUUCUUCCAUUUGUGGCCUUUGGAAAUACCUUUCCCACACGCCAGGCGGGCGCUCACCUACCCACCCUGAACACACAUAUAAAUGCUAACAGUCACAUCUUUCUUUAUAUUUUAAAAUCUGAGUAUUACAAGAUUGAUAUAAACGUGCAAUGCAUACUAACUUAAUAAUUUGACCCUUGUAGUCGUCUGCUGUCUAAUUUGGGUGGGCGGCGUGUAUUUACUUUGCCUUUAUAAGUUUGUGACAGAUUUUGUAAAAACGAAAUUAUUUACUUUGAAUGCCACUCUUCUGCUCCCUUUUUCCUCACCACCCCUUUUGAGAACCACUGGUCUAUAAAGAAUACUGACCUAAGACGCAUCAUAUCAACACUUCCAUCUUUCCCUCGUGUCCCAACGUCAUCAGUUUGGAUCCCUGUCACCCGGUUGCUAAGGUGUGGUUGCUAAGGACGCCGCCCUUCAGCCUCGCCUGCUCUUACUGACGUGGGUGUUAUCUCCUCCACCUUGACAAUGCUGCGAGUGGAGAAGCCUGUGGCGAGGCACCAGCCUGAGGAAUGGCACCGCAGCAACAAGGCACUGCGGGAGGCCAGCGAGGAUGUGCGCACCACCUCCCAUGACCUCCGGCACCAGGCACUCCACCUCAGGCACCAGACCAGCAACAAGACCACGUGGGACCAGUGUGACUCCACCACCCGCCUACAGGAUCGCAUCUAUGAGGUGCAUCGAGUCACCAAUGACCUGCAGCGCUCCCUCCAACAGGUAAAUGAUGAAAUAGCAAGUCUGGAGAAGGCCAAGCAGACCACUGAGGUGGAGUUGGAAGCUCACGUUCACCCUCUGAACAUUGCCCUCGAGUGUCUCACCCUGAGGGAGCGCAGACGGGAGGUUGACUUGGUGAAGGACAAUGCUGAGAUAGAGCUACAGAAGGAGGUGCGAGGGCUGGAGAAGUCCCGCGCCCACCUGGAAAAGAUGGUGCUGGAGGCAGUCUCCCACCUGAGGGUCCUGCACGACAGCAAGCAGCGCCUCCAGGACGACAUUAGGGACAAGCUGGCAGCUCUGGAGGUGGACAGGCAUCAGGAGGCCCUCACAGAAUACUCACCUCAGAUCUCCUUCAAGCCUGACCCUACAAGAGUGCCUGCAGGCACCAUCUUACCAGUGGACUGGCUGGAUCACUCCCUCAAAAACAUGGCUGUGACAGAGGCUGCUAUAAAGGACUCCCAGACCCUUAGGGAUAAGAUGUGUGUCACAAUUCAGACAGCUCGGCGUGAGGAUCAGACACAGCAGACAGCCACAGACUAUGCUGUCCGCUGCCGUCUGCAUGAAGAAACACGAGCCAAGGAGGAACUCCAAUGGCAGAAAGACAAACUUAUGGAUGAAAUACAUGAGCAGGAAAAGGAGAUCUCCAGCCUCGAGGCUCAGCUGAGGGCCUCUUCCCUGCCCCUGAAGGUGUCUCAGACAAGGCUAGAGGGCCGAACAGAGCGAGUCUGCCAUGACCUGGUGAGGGACGCCCCCCAGGACUGCUUGGUGGCUGAGGUGCAGCAUCUCACCCAGACUCGCACCCUCCUCCGAGAGAAGCUGGCCCAGGCCCUAGAUUCCCUGCAUGGUCUGCAGCGCCACCUACGGACAGUUGAUGUUGACCUUGGUCGCAAAAGUCUGUCAGUGAGCCUGGAAAAAAAGGUUCAAGACACACGCAAGGCUCUGAAGGAUAUGCCGCCCCCAGAAACCCUUACUCAGGCCAACCUCACCCUUACUGGCUCAUUGAGGGCACACCCCACACACAUUCUUUAAUAAAACUUCUUGCUUUAAACACCUUACUUUUUUAAUCAAUGUAAAGCAUAUUCCCUUUGCAAACCCCAUAUGAGGGGGUGACUAGACUGAACCUUCUUCUCCUUAUUCUUGUAUUCUCCUCUCUUGUAACAUGAACACCUUUCCUCCCACCUCUCUCCUUCAUGUGUUCCUUAAUAUUAAAAAAAUGGGAUCAAUCUUCUGACCAAUAAGGUUUACCCAACUGUUUUGAUUACCAGAAAAUACUGAAGAUACUAGAGUGAUAAUUAUGAGCCUCCAAUAGAUUAUCCUCCCAUGAAGUGUGGUAUGAGAAGGAAGUGUGGUUGGUCUUAUUUUCCAGUUGAUACUAGUAGUAGUAAUGUACUGAUGGAUAUAGUGAAAAUAACUAUGAAUUUGAACUUAGGGUUGACAUACCAGAGCAGAAAGUUGGUAUUAAGUUACUUGUCCCAGUUCUGAGCAAGAUACAUUUCCUAACAGGUUUUUGUAUAAUUUCAACUACUGGUUCUUGUGAGUGCUUAUGGUAUUAUGAAUAAAGGACUGUUACAUUAUUUUGACUGACUCCUUUGUCUCAUUCCUCAAAACAAAUAUCAAACAUAAGUUACUUGUUGACAGCUGUAUUGUAGAUGUCAUGUUUUUAAUCGAUGGUUUACUGUCAUACUGUUUUUGCUG